UCCCUCUACCUCACUAAAUCCCUUCCCACUCGAACCACUUCCCUCUCAAACCUCCACAAUUUUGGCUUAGAGACACCAUUCUCCAGGUGGAGCCCACAGAGGUCACAUCUUAGUCUAUCCUCCUCCCAAAAUCAGACGGCCACGGUCGCAUCCCGGGUCACAAACGAUACCGCCGCCGAUGUCGUGAGGAAAUUUUACGCGGGAAUCAACGGCCGUGAUCUUCCCUCCGUGGAGAACCUCAUUUCUCAAAACUGUGUCUACGAGGACCUCGUCUUUGCUCGCCCUUUCGUUGGUCGAAAGGAAAUACUUGAGUUCUUUGAGAACUUCGCGGAUGUUGUGAGCAAAGACCUCCAGUUUGUUAUUGACAAGAUAUCGACAGAGGAUUCUUCAGCAGUUGGGGUUACUUGGCAUUUAGAAUGGAAGGGAAAGCCUUUUCCAUUUAGCAAAGGCUGCAGCUUUUAUCAAUUGGAGGUCGUCAAUGGCAAGCGACAGAUAAUAUAUGCGAGAGACAGCGUUGAACCUGCAAUCAAGCCUGGGAAGACUGCUUUGGUGAUCAUCAGAGGAGUGACUUGGCUACUGGAACAAUUUCCUCAGCUUGCGGAUCGUUUUUGAAACUUUUUUCCUAUCUUGAACUUGUAUAUAUUUGUCAACAAGCUCAAUUACAUAGGAUAAUUAGACAUCUCUUUCCACAGGAAAUAUUCGAAUAAUCAAGUG